AUGAGUAAAUUCUUUAAUUGGUAUACAUGUAUUAUUCUUGGAACAACAAUACCUUUAGGUUUAUCAACAAUGAGUUUAUGGUAUUUGAACGUUGAUAAAGAAAAAACAAAAAUCCAUACAUAUAAUAAUGAAUAUCGUAGAAAGCAAAAGGAAAUUAGAGAAUUAGAAAAGCAAAAAGAAAAGUGA